ACGACGUCAUCAAUAAGAAAACCACAGCUAAAAGCCAAAACCCUCAAAACAAGAUUGUUGAACUGUUAACUCCAUUUAUUUUCCUAACUAAAAGCCCUGAAAAUUGAGCCGUUAACGCCACCCCCGAUUCUAGCGGACAAAUUUUUUUCCUUCCUAACCCACCUCAGCACUUAUUUACUAAAACCUUGGGUCUUUCUUUAGCACCGUCAUCCUCGUCAGAGUUGUUGAUUUGUGAGAGGAAGAAGGAAUAAUGGAGAAUUCGGUUUUUAUGAAUCAUAUUCAACACCUCAACGGGAAUCUCCUUUAUUCCUUUUCUCCUGCUUCUCUAGGACAUGUAACUUACAGCUGUGGCUCUUGUGGGUAUGAGCUAAACCUGAGUUCUUCUAGUCGAAACACCGCAACAAUUGGCUCAAAAUAUGGAAAGUCUAUAAAGCGAGGGAUUAUAUCAUUCUUCAGUAUAGAUGAGAGCAGAUUUACACAAGUUGAUGAGUUCCAAUGCGUUCCUUACUUUUCAAGGCAUUCUUGGGGCUUGUUCCGCCAUAGAACCAAACUUCUUUGCCGCAAGUGUGGCAACCACAUUGGAAAUGCUUAUGAUGAAAAAACUUCAGGCUACCCUCUUGUAUUAGACAAAUCCAAUUCAUCCCCUAGUAAUGAAGUUUCUAGCCAUAGAAAAUACGAUGUUAGAAUCCGUGCCCUACAACCCUCGUCAACUCAAGAACUUGGUACUCUGCAUUUUAUGUGAUCAUAUCGUUUAUGGUCUUCCACGUGCAUUAUACCGAGAGUUACCUUGUGUGGUUGUUGUUUAUAGCUUGUUUUGAGUCAUUCUUUGUUGUUUUUCAUGGUCACUCAUGUACAUAAAUUCUGAAGGGAAAGAAAUUUGGAGUGUUUGUUGAAAGAGUUGAGCAAAGUAUUGCGACUACCCAAACUUAAAUGUAAUCAUAUUCAUGUAAUAUCUUUUUGAAAUGAAAGUAUUUUUUGGGACA